GUAAACAUCAUUCGAUCUGUCCCUUGCAAUGGAGCAUUUGGUUCAACUCUUUCCUUCUCAAAGUCGAGCGGACCUACAGCACUACUUAGACCGCGCAGGCGGUAUUCUUGAGUUUGCAAUCGAUGCAAUAUUAAAUUCAACACCAUCUAUAACUGCAACAACAAGAGAUCAAUCCAGGUCAGAGACACCCGCGCCUAAAUACUCAGGAAGAGAUAUUGGGCUCGCCACAAAUGAACCUUUCAGAAAAGAUACACCCAGGCCUCCCUACUAUGCAGUGGACUAUGAUUUUCUCAAAGUAUAUUCUGAACCAAUCCAUGCUGGAACACGAUAUGUAUCCUCAAUUCAAACAAAUGAACAGACGCGAAGCACGAAGCGGCAGCGUCGAGAUUCAUAUGAAAUAGUCGAAAUAUCCGGAACUAAUUGUUCAAAAUGCCGCGUCGUACUCGACUUGACGCAAGACUCUUCAGACGAGGAAGAGAAAGAUGUUACUACCAAUAAAAAGAAAGAAAAUCAGCCACCAUCCGCAAAUGGACACCCAUUCCUCAUCGACUUCUCACAGCGUCCUAAUCAAAAUGAUAGUGUACAACUCCCGGCAGAGGCUUCAACAGCGAUAAUGUCCAACCACUUAUCUAAUUUUGAUGAGUUCCACCAAGAACAAAUACGAAUAAGGGAACAGAUAGCAAAAAGAGACACAGAGAUUGAGGCCCAAAAAGCCAUUCUUGUUUCAAAUUUCAUAACAAUCGCAAAGGAUAUGUUUGAAGACAUAUCUGAGGUAUACUUGAAGGACCUCUUGAGAGAAAUGCAACCUAAGAUCCCAAGCGAUAAUGAACUAGUGGAUGCAUGUAUAGAGAUAAUAUUCAAGCUCGAAGGCCGCUAUCCUAAGGAGAGAUUAAAAAGGAAACGUGGGUCUAAUGAUGAUGUGGACGACAAUGGCGAGGCUGUGUUCUCUGAAGACGAGGGGGACAGGUGGACAUCUAGUGGCGAUAGGGAUUCGAGUAUUGCUGGAUCAAGCUCGCAAUCACAAAAGCGAGAUUUCAUGAAUUGCGGCCCCAGGAUGAGCCCACUUUAUGAGACGCAGUGUACGGAACGGCUGUUACAGGACUUUCCCAUGGUUCAAGCGCUUUCGAUUAACGCAUGCCUGAAGGCAUUCAACCACCACUACGUACCAACAUUUGAGUACUUAAGUAGUGCUGUGAAAGAGAUGGAAGCAAAUGAAGGUGCAGAAAAAGCAACUUCAAAAAGAAAAGCAAAAGCAAAAGCAAAUAGGGAAGAUCUCAGUGUGAUUUUUAUGACUAAACGAAGGCGUGAAAAGGUGUUUAAUCCAAGGAAUAUGGAUCCGGAGCUUCGUAAAGAAAUCGACUUCGUGGACGCUAUAAUAGCCAAGCAGCGUGCAGAAAUGCAGGAACGCGAAGAAGAGGAGAAGAACUACAAAUAUUACCAGGAACGCAAAGAACUAAUCGAAUGUGGAUGUUGUUAUGACGACGUGCCUCCAAAUCGAGUGGCUCAAUGUGAAGAAGGACAUCUUUUUUGUUUGCAAUGUUCUCGUCGUGGUGCAGAAGUGGAGCUUGGAUAUCAACGUACUGUUUUAAAAUGCAUGACCUCCGGGUGUACAGCCGUGUUCUCCGACUCUGAAGCUAUCAAGUUCCUCUCGAAGCCUGUCUUUCAAGGCCUUUUACGAGCGCGGCAGCAGAAUGAGCUCAAAAUGGCUGGACUGGAUUCUCUUGUCGAGUGCCCAUUUUGUACAUAUGCAGCAGUAGUGGAAAAUGAUGAUGAUAAGGAGUUUCGAUGCCAAGCACCAAAGUGUCGCAAAGUAUCUUGUCGCCUUUGCAAAGCCCGAACACACGUUCCACUAUCGUGUGAAGAGUAUCGAAAGGAGCGAGAGAAAAACAACGUUUUGUCCGCGCAACACAAAGUUGAGGAGCAAAUGUCGCAGGCCCUCAUUCGAGAAUGUCCAAAGUGCAAAUCUAGAUUCUUUAAGACUGAAGGGUGUAAUAAGAUGACAUGCCCUCAAUGCCACACGAAAAUGUGCUAUGUCUGCAAGAUGCAAAUUAAGGACUAUAGUCACUUUGACCAAACGCCAGCUGGACAGCCGGCUCACAACAAGUCGCUGUGUCGCCUAUGGGAUAACACGGUUGAACGCAACGAGAACGAUGUCAAAGAAGCAGCACAAAAGACAUUACAGCAACUUGAGGCUGAUAGACCCGAGUUAGCGGCGCAGGUCAAAAUCCAAGUUCCCAAAUGAAACCGCCCUUGAAGGUUCUAAGCCUAGUAGCAUAACCAGAUCUCCAUCCAUGGAUCUUUUACAAAAGAAAUCAAGAUAUUGCGCUUCACUGACAUUUCUAUUAUAUGAUCGAUAAAUAACCACUGAAGAAGACCCAGCUUUUAGACUAAAAAAGGAAGUGAUCUUUGGAAUAUUCCCUUCACCCUCCCAUUUCCUCUCUUUCUUCCUAGUUCUGAAAAAAAGACUGGAUGUUGGAAUAUCCAGCGACAGUACAAAAAACCGAUCCAUUUUAUGCAUCAUAUGUCCUAUUAUCCUUGAAUUGUAUAAUUGCUUGCAAAU